GGCUGGGGCUGCUACGAGCCAGCCUAAGCAGCUAGUAUGGCGGAGGAGGACACUUUACCCGAGUUGGAGGAUUUAGAAAAACAAUUACAGUCGCUAGUAAACUUGUAUUCAAGUGACGAGUUGCGAGCGGACAGCAAAACGUUCUGUUCGAACCUUUGUAAGCUUGUGGAAGAGUACACUUCUCGCUGGAAGACACCACUUCCUCGACUCAGGAUCCUUGAGACAGCGCUGUGCUAUUUCGCUAGGGGCUCAUCCUCCUUCACAUCAAGCUGCGAUCACGUGCUUCACACGCUUAGUAGUUUGGCCUUGAGUGUUUAUGAGGUGUUGCUUUUCUUUGAUGAGCAGGACUUCCACAAAGAGCCAUUGAAACACUUCUCUGUUAAAUUUCAGGAAUGUAACAUCGCCCUUGCAAGGCAUCAAAAUGUUCACUUACUUCAGGUUGAGCCCAUAAUUCGUGGAGGAGGUGCUUGGGUCAGUAGAACCUUGAAGGAAAUACUCAGUGAAUCUAGUUUACCUCAAAAUGAAGUGGACAGGUUCCUCAGCUCUGAGCCACCAGUGUUCUUGGCUCUACGGGUGCGCUACCUUAUAUCGCGUGAGCGGGUUAGUGAGGCUCUAGCCCUGGCCAAGUGUUGUAUUCGUCAUCCGACGGCAGGGAAACACUUGUUCUUCCUCCAGGUCUACCUCACAUGGCUUUACAAGACUCAACGCCAUCAGCUGCUUCAAGAGGUGUCUUGCCUAAAUGGUAAAGAUGCUGUGCACAUCAUCUGUAGUUUAGAAUAUGAGGAAACAAAUGAAUUGCUGUUAGCCCUCUGCCAGAUGUUCCUCUCCCAACAACUCUGCAGGGGAGAAAUGUACUAUUUAUGGGAGCUCAUUUUUGUGUGGAGCAAACUUCAUGAUCGGGUGAAUACUUCCAAACAGGCUUUUCUUGAGGAAAGCCGCCGGCUAAUGUUGUCUGCCACAAAUAUCAACUCAAUCUUUCCGUUUAUCAAAGUCUUAAUUCAAGAGCUGGGGGAAGAGGGGAUCCAGUUUUGCGUGGAACUUUGUGCAAAUGCCUUGAAAUCUUGUCUCCCUGGUGACACUACAACUAAGUCACUCAUCUAUAAAACUAUUGCUGGCCUGCUCCCCAAUGAUCUUGAAGUGUGUCGUGCAUGUGCGCUCCUCGUCUUCUUCUUGGAACGUACCGUGGAAGCCUACAAGAUGGUGUAUUUGCUGUAUAUGCUUCCAGACCAAGACUACCAUGUGGAACACAUCCCCAUCAGAAAUCAAAUCCGAUUUGAAACACUACAGGUCUUGAAGAAGGACCUUUACUUUGACCCAGAGUUUUGGAACCUCAUUGCUUUGCAAACCAAUUGUUUGAAACUGAUAAGUGAGAAAGUAGUUGAUGCCGCGCUAGAAGAACUCAUGGAGGAAACAUGGAUCGCAAACUACUGUGCCAAAGAGUUUUCUUUUGUGUAUAGCACAUCAACAGGUGAAGAUGACAAAAGAACAGUAAAAAAGCCUCACCAUAAUGAUGGCAGACAGAAAGAAAUGAAUAGUGGGGAGUCACCCCAAAAACUGAAAUUGGGCCAAGGCAAAACAGACCUGAAUGAUAGCAAUGCUGUGAAAAAAAAGGGCACCCACAGGUCACGAUUUACAAAGGAAGCAUCAGCUCAACCUUUGAGGCGUUCAUUUUGGCAGGUUGACAGGAUACAUGACAUAACGUCCGGGCAACUAAGACGAGUUACACGUUUAUCUGAAAAAGAUCCCCCAAAACGGAAAAUUCAAAAACCCAAAUGGCUACUGGAAGAUUCGGGUGGUCUGCAAGACUCCAAGUUUAGGAGACGUGGUUUGAGAGAUCAAAAGGGGGGUGCCCUGAAGAGGUCUGAAUUUGGUCAUAUCAAGAACAACACACAGCCCAAGGUUUCUAAAAACUUGAGUACUAAGCAUGAGAAAGGAUUUCCUCUGGACUCUGUUGAACCAGCUUCUGCUCCACAAGUAAUUCUGGAGUUGUCACUACCGGACAAUGAGCUGAGUGGAAUGUUUAAUGAAGAUUGCAACAGACAGAAAAUGUGUCCUCCAAUGCUCUUUUAUAAACCAACACUCAAAAUUCCUGAAAACUCCCCUCCAAUGAAGGUGCUCCAAGGAAAAGAGGUCAUUCUUCGAGCAAGGGAUGCAACUACGCUUGUGCAGCUUUUGCACUGUUAUGCUCGCAGGCCCAAAGGAAAGGGUAAUGGUCCAAAUACUCAUGGAUCUGUAUCAACAAUCACACGCUCUUCUGCACAUGCAAGUCCCCCUAAAGAACCACAGGGUGGGCUUUGUGAGAAACCUAAUGCGGAGACAAAGGGUGGUUUGAACUCAGAGGAAGCAGUUGCAACUAAACAUCCAGAACCAUCAAACACAGUCUUACAGUUGUCAGCAAAAGAAUGCUUAGAAAAGAUUGUAGAAGGGGUUCUUUCUGAUAAAUCGGUAAAGGGAACAGAAACUAAAACUUUAGGUGAAGCUGCUCCAUCUCUAAGCACAAACGAAGUCCAUAGCACUGUUAAGUCCAUUGAACUCUGUUCAACUUCACAAAGCCCAGCAGUGGAGGAGGUCAUACAACAGCAAACUACAGCUUCCAUCGAGUUUUCUCAAACACAAAGCAGUCAAAUACAAGUUACUGAACAUACCUCGCCAGUUGCCAGUACAUUAACAAGCCAAAACCCUGACUCUCCAUUUAAAGUGCCUCUUCCAAGUACAAGAGCACUUAACAUAGAUGAAGAACAACACCCAAAACCACUUCCUUCUCAUUCUCAAAUUGACACAUGUAUCGAAAAGACCAAAGGAGUUACAAGCUUAGGACAAGCCGAAAAGUCCAACGAUACUAAUGGCAAUUCCGAAUUAGUAACGGAGACGUUCACACAUGUUCCUCCUGUUGAAAUUCCUCAAGAUAUGGUAAAUCCUGAACAACCUGCUGACACUAAGACUAACGAAUCAGUGCUUCCAGACAAAAGCAGGGUUGCAAAUGUCUCUAGUCAUACAUUCCCGGAAGCAGCAACCCCUGCAUAUAUUGAAGGUAAUGACCAAAGAAGUCCAACCGAGGAUGAUGACUUUGAGGACGGUGAAUUGAUAGAAACAGAGGAAUCGAAGUUGGAGUCCUGCUGUACUUUUUGUCAACGAGAAUUCAAGGGCAGGCGUGUAGUAAUACAUGCUAUGUUCCAUUUCCGCAAGGAUGAGUGUAUGUUUUGUGGGACCAUUUUUAAAGAUGACCUCCUGGCCAUGAUGCACCUCUCUGAUCAUAUUGAAAAGCUCAAAAGAAGCAAGGAGUUAGCCAGUAACAAAGCGCAACAAAGUGGUGUAUCAGUGACCAAAGAUUUCUCCCAUCCCAAGACGUCUGCCAAAGCUAAAGCUCCAGACUGGCUCUCUGGCAAUCACAUAAAUAGGAGACCGAGAAAGUCUUCUAUCUGCAAAAAGUUAAUUAGCCAACCAGAGCCACACUCACAGUCAGAAUCAAGAAAUUUACGAUCAAAUGACAAAGCAGUCGAUGGUCCGUUGGUACAGGGAAACAAGCAAAAUGACAGAAAAUAUUCUGACAGGAAGGUAAAUGGAAAUAUUGGCAAAACUCAAUUUGACCAGAUGAAAAGGACCAACUCAAAAGCUGCACACGAGCAGACACAAAUGCCAAACGUCAAUAAAGACGACGCAGGCAAUGGCAAGAUGAAUCACGUGAUGCUUACAUCUUGUGGCUCAUUUGCAUCAUCGGCGCAGAAGAGGAAACACAUUGAGCUGACACAUAUGCCAAAUAUCAAUAAAGACAAAGCAGGCAAUGGCAAGGUGAAUCACGUGAUGCCUAAAUCUUGUGACUCAUUUGCAUCAUCGGUGCAGAAGAGGAAACGCAUUGAAUAUUCUAAGGAGGAUGUAAUUAUUGACACCAAGAAGGUUUCUCAGAAGAAAGUUUGCUGUCCAGCAGAUGGAUGCAGUUGGUCUACAGACCUUUCUAAAAAUCGUGUUGCACUGCUCUACCAUGCUUUGGAACAUCACUAUGGUGAUACCAAACCUUUAAAGCUCUCAUUGAAAGUAGCAAACAACAAAUGCAGUAUUUGCAUGCGAGUUUUAUGGAGUUUUGAGCAUUUUCAGCAUCACGUGGAAAGACAUCGGCUUAGUCCUCGACAUCCUUGCCUUCAUCUGGGUUGUACUGCCAGAUUCAAAACUGGUAAUGAAAUGAGACGUCAUGCCAGAAAACACAGUCCAUUGCAGGCAGUGUGCUGCUUACCUGGUUGUUCCGAACUAUUUAUUUGUCUCUGGGCGCUGAAUCUUCAUGAAAAAGAACACUAUGCUUCCAAACUCACCAAGCCAGUAAAGACUGUUGAUGCUCAGACUGACAAUAAACCUAUUAGCAUACAGGUAAAAACUGUAACCUCUAGUGUAAAAGGGACUUUGAGUGAGUCAACUCGUAAAUUAAGGGGCCAUGUAUCUCAAGACUCGACAUCGAAAAUUGUCAGUGAUUCUCUUCACCCCACUGAAAAAUCUGUGGGUAAAGAAGAGCAAAAAGUGAAAAAUGAGUCCAAGAAUUCAAAUGUUUUAAAGAAUCUCUCCAACAAGGACCCCACCACACAGUCCAAUAAAUGUAGUUUGAAUCUAAGGUUGAGGAAAGCUCAAACAUCAAAAACGAAUCUAGUUGCUACAAAACUUCUGCAAGCACCCUUCUUUAAAUGCAAGGCCAAAUUGAGGGAUAACUGCAAGAAAAAGCAGGUCAGUGUGACCCGAACUGAAAUAGUCCCUAAAAGAAGAGGACGUCCAAGAAAGUACAAAAAAGAGGAGCAUGACAAAGUCACGACUAAGGUUCAAAACAAUCAAUGUUUAAAGAGCAAACCACCAGACUGUCCUUCAGUUAGCAACAAGGUAAAAAUUAAAGAAAAACCCAAGCAUUCCAACAAUGCUGGCUGUAUAUCGGAGAUGCCAGACAGUAAAUCGAAGUCCAAAAAGUCAGUGAGUGAAAACAGGAGCAAUUGUGUCGAAAAAAAGAUGUCCUUAAACAGAGACUCCCAUUCGAGGAAGGCAUCCCCAGGUACAAUUGCCCCUGCCCAUAGAUUAGGUGCUCAUAAUUUGAAAAAGCGCUGUGCUUCAAAAGAAGGAGACACUUUUGGUGCAAAUAUAGCAAAGAAGAAUAGAGUUACACCCAGGAGAAGUCCUCGCAGACAAUCUGGAUUGCCAGCAGCUUCAAAGGAGCCUGCAAAGUCAGCAUUUACUGUAGUACGAAGGUACAAAACACAUUCAUCCCAGGGUAGCCCUGCAGAUUGUGUCCCUGCUGCCACUGCAGUGAACAUGCAGAAGAUGAUAACUAAUAACAAUAAAUCAGAAAAGAGGUUUCAUGGUAAAAAUAAAGUAGGUGUCACAAUCUGCCCCAAUGAUGAAAAUAUGUUAAGGGGAGAACUUUCAAAUAUGUCUAUGGAUGGCACCAGUUCCACCACGUCUGAAUUGAAUAUGGAGUCAAGUGAACAAUCUUCAAACGUGACUAGUGGUGGCUCCAGUUCCAACAUGUCUGAAUUAAAUAAGGGGUCAAAAAAAGAACCUUCAAAUGGGACUAUGGGUGGCUCCAGUUCCACCACGUCUAAACUAAAUAAAGAGUCAAAGAAAGAACCUUCACAUGUGACUAUGGAUGACACCAGUUUCACAACGUUUGAAUUGAAUGAAGAGUCAAAUGAAGAAUCUUCAAACGUGACUAUGGGUGGCUCCAGUUCCAACACAUCUGACUUGAAUAAAGAGUCAAAGGAAGAACCUUCAAAUGUUACUAUGAAUGGGUCCAGUUCCACAACGUCUGAAUUAAAGAAAAAGUUAAAUGAAAAACCUUCAAAAAUGACAAUGGAUGGCUCCUGUUCCAUCACAUCUGAAUUAAGGAAAGAAUCAAAGGAAGAACCUUCAAACGUGAAUAUUGAGGACUCCAGUUCCAUCAAGUGGACGGAAGAGUCAAAGAAAAAGCCUUCACAUGUGACGAGUGAUGACUCCAGUUCCACUUUGUGCAAUUUGAAGAGAAAGUCAAUUGAAGAACCUUCAAACAUGACUAGCAUUGGUUUCAGUUCCACCACGAGAAAGUCUCAAGAACCUUCAAACGUCACUGGUGAUGGCACAAGUUCUAUCGUGACAAAAUUAAAAGGAGAGUCAAUGACAGAGCAUUCAAAUGUGACUAGUGAUGGCUCCGGUUUCUUCACCUUGAAAUUGAAGAGUGAGACAAAGAAAGAACUUUCAAACAUGACCAGUAAUGGCUCCAAUUCAACAAUGUCCAAUAUGAAGAGAAAGUCAAAGAGACAACCUUCAAACAUGACUAGCAAUGGUUCCAGUUUCAGCACCUUGAAAUUGAAGAGCCAGUCAAAGAAAGAACCUUCAAACAAGACUAGUGUUGGCUCCCGUUCUACCAAGUCCAAUUUGAAGAGAAAGUUCAAGAGAGAACAUUCAAAAAGGAAAAGCAGUGGUUCCAGUUGCAGCACCUUGAAAUUGAAGAGACAGUCAAAGAAAGAACCAAACAUGACUAAGGAUGGCUCCAGUUCAACCACAUCCAAUCUGAAGAGAAAGUCAAAGAAAGGACCUUCAAACGUGACAAGUGAGAACUCUUGUUCAACACAGUCUAAAUUGAAGAAAAAGUCACAUAAUAAACCUUUAAAUGUGACUAGUGAUGACCCCAGUUCUACAAAGUCUAAAUUAAAGAGAAAAUCAACUAAGGUACCUUUAAAUGUGACAAGUGAUGGCCCCGAUUCUGCCACACCAACUUCUCAAGCUGGGGAAACAGCACGUGGACGUACAAAGUUAAAGAUUGCCUGUGUUGGGAAAACCAAUGCUGCCCAGACAGUUAAAGAAGGUACAAAAAAGGCUAAGAAAACUAAGAAAAGUCCACAUCCAGUUGAAAACAUUGCCAUUCAAGUAGCAACUGAUGUUCCAUACUGCAGUCAAGUGAAGGCUGGACAAGUGGACAACUGUGCUGAUGAGCAGGGACAUGUAAACAAAACACCUGAUUAUAGUAAGCACCCUCUCUCUCUUAAGUCAACCUCAGCACAAGAGGAAGACAAAUUCACAUUGUGCAUUGACACCCUGGCCGAGUAUGGAAAGAAACACAUGCGUGCGCCUCCCACGGCCUACCUCAACGAAUGGUUCACCGCCAUGCCCAAAAGAAGAAAAGUGGCAGGGUUCCUUGCAUCCACCUCACAACAGGAGACUUUGGUCACCACAAGACCACAGAGACAACGGUGUGCCAAUUGCUUUACGACGUUCAACAGUGCAGAGGAGUUGCAAAGUCACCUCCAAGUCCAGCGCUGCUCCAAUCUUUUUGGCUUCGACUCUGAUGACGAAGGGAAUUCUUGAAAAGUUGAACUGGAAUCCAAGUUGAGAGGACCUUGUGGAUGCACAAAUGAUUGACCAGUGGACCUGUAAGGAACUGUGGUUGGAUCAUGGUUCCCUGGACCUCUUAAGGACCGUAAGGGGAACUAAAGCAUUAUUUUGGUUUCAUGAUUACAUUACGUUGCCCUACUAGGCUGUACACUGUAUUCUGAUCAAUACAUUUGUGGAACAAAACAUAUGAAUUGUCAUCAGUUUUAAUUAAAUCUCGGACAACCGCAAUGUGGGCAUGUCAGGUGGUCUGAACCCCAGUUAAUGUUGUUCAAACAAUCAUGUCAUCAACUAUUUGUGCUAAUUAUCACAACAUUGGCAGGGAGUACACUAAGACGAGAAAUUGCAACAUUUUUAUACUGGAGUGCCACGUCAAAUUUCGUUGUUCACAAUGUUCAUUCGUUGCUGACAAUGACAAUAAAGUUCUAUUCUAUUGUAAUUAAGUCUAUUGGAAGAAUGAAAAUGGAUGAAUAUUUGUCCACAAACACAAUAUUAUUCAGAAUACAGUAUUAAGGUGAGCCGGGCACGUACAAUGUGUACUUGAAAAACCAUGGGGGGAGCUUUACUUCCCCUUUGAUAAUGUAUACACCUAUGAUGUACAGAGCAAAGCAUAAGAAAAGUGAUGUUUGUUAACAAAGCCUGGAAGAGAGCCAGUGGGUUAAAAGGCAAACAGAUUGCCGAAGACUUUGUACUGAAGUGCCUGUUCUGGAGUCACAUUUUCCAGCUUCUUGAUAAUGGACUCUUGACACCACGGACAGAGCUGCCACAAGGAUAGUCUUUUUUUUUUUUUUUUUUUUUUUUUUUUUUUUUUUUUAAAACCUCUCCCCAUCAGUAAGCCAUAAAAUGAUGCUUUCUUUGCAUUUUGCACUCUUGAUUUGGGUGCUGCCAGUAGAGGUCAGCGUGCACUCAACCUCAAGCGGCUGCUGUCUUUCUUUCACUGACUUCAAUACUUUUUUGCAGGUUUGCUCCAACGCGCAGGUCAUUUAAGAAUUAUGUCAUUGUCAUCAAACAGGGCUGUCUGCUAUAACCAUUAUUCUAUCGUCUCUGGCUUCCUUCAAUAAAUAAUGAAUUGCAAGUACCACAGUUGUAACUGUUUGCAGAAGGCUGCAACAGGCUCUAUUUAUUUUAUUUUUUAUAUUGUAAAUAUUAGGAAAAUAUCGACUGCUUAUGUCAGGGUUUGCUGGAGCGCAGUUUAUAUUUGUUUUUGAAUAAAACUGAUUUCAAGUUGC